CUCUCCGCGGCGCGGGCUUGGACCUCCUAGCCAGGCCCUGGCGUCGGUAGAACACCUGGACGCUGCGUUUCUCACUUAGCUCGAGGACUGCGCUCGCCGGCCUCACGCGUAGGCACAGCAAAGGCCCCAAAUACAAAAAGCCCCAAAACAUGGCAGCGCUCGCAGCACCGCCGCCGCCGCCCGACGACGGCCAACAGCUCGUCGAGGAGGCCCUCGGCCGCGCCCUCGACGCCGGCAAGACGGGUCCGGAGUUAUUGAGCGCCCUCCACGCCGCGGCGCCGCAUCUGGAAAUGGCUGCGAUGCAUUCGUUGCUGGAAGAUUAUAAAGCGAAGGAGGACGCGAAGCUCUUCGACCUCGUCGCCGAGAACUACCGCGACUUCUUCCGCAUCGCGACGUCCGUGGAAGGCUCGGCCGAGGACGCCGCGGCGACGCAGGCCGCGUUGCUAGCGCUGGAGGGCGAGGCCUCCAAGGCCGCGGCCACGGCGGGCGUCGAGCAGGCCAAGCUCGAGGAGGAGCUCGCGAAAAGACGCGAGAAGCGCCGCGAGGACCGGGAAAAGGAUAAAGUGAAACGCUUCGCGAGUACUUUGAGCGACCUCGAGAAGAGAUUGGCGGAUACGAACGUCGACGUCGAGCGCGCCACACAUGACGCGCUACAUCUCCGGGCCGCGCUGGACGGCGCCGUCGACGGACUGCGCGACGGCGACCGCGUGAGCUUCGUCCAGGGCUGCCGGGACCGCGUAGACGCGUGCGCUUUGAAUGUCGCCCAGAAAAUCGACGACGAGUUCGCCGCGACGUGCUGCCGCCUCGGCAAAGCUCAGAGCGACGAGCGCCUCCGGCGCGUGCUGCGCGCCGCGGCGGCGCUCGGCCGCGGCCCGCAGCUGGAGGCGUUCUUCGGCGAGCGCGUCCUGGACGCGUUCGUGCGCGCGACGUACACGCGCGGCCGCCUGGACGGCGUGGAACGGGGGAGUCGGUCGGGCCUGCCCACCAUGUACCGCGCGACGCUGGAGUUCGUCGAGGAGCGCUGCGGCGCCGCGCUCCGAGCGUGCGAGGUCGCCGCGCGCGGCGUCGACGACGACGUCCUGGGGUUAAGGGGUGUCCCCGGCGCCGUCGAGCGCGAGGCGCGGAAACAUAAGAGGAAGCCGCCGCCGCCCGGGUCGUUAUUAGGCGUCGAUUUAUUGUGCGAGGGCGUCUGGCGCCGCGUCUGCGCGGCUUUAUUAGAGACGCCGGAGCUGUCCGGGUUGUUUGACCUCGGCGACGCCGACGCGGCGCACCGGGCCGUGGCGGCCACGGAUUCGUUUCGCGAGGGCCUCGCGGCGAUCGCCGGUCGCGGGGAUCGGGACGCCGAGAGGCAUGCGAGGCGGCGCCUGAGGGGCCACGCGAAGACGGCCGAGCUAGAACAAAGGUGGAACCUGCCGGUCUACGUCGAGCUCGUCCGGGCCGAUUUGAUCCAGGCAGUCGACGGCGCGUUGGCUAGUGAGGAGGACGCCGCGCCCGCGUUAAUCGGCGCCGUCGAGCGCUGCUGGGCCGGAGACCGCUUCCUGCCGGCGGUCGGCGACGCCUUCGGCGCGCUCGCGCUCGAGCUCGCCCAGCGCGGCGCGACGGGCCUGGCGGCGCGCGCCGCGCGAGCGGAGGGCCACGACGCGCACGCGCGCUGUUCUGUGGACUGCGGGACGUUCUCGGCGCGCAUCCGCGCGACGCUCGCGAGCGGCUUCGAGGCCCUGCUGGACCUGAGCCUCGAGGACGCGGCGUUACUCGCUGCGGGCUGCGACGAGGCGUUGGGGGCCUGCGACCGGACGGUCGAGGAGUGCCGCCGGGAUUCUGCGGACGGUCUCGUGAAUGUGAUUGAUGGCCGACUGGCGGCCUGCAAGGGCGUCGCCGCGCGCUACCACCUGACGGGCCAGAAGCCGCCGUCGGAGCCGUCCUCCUACGUCGCGCACGCCGCGGAGCCCCUCGCGCAAUUCUACGAGACGUGGAGCGCGCUGCUGGGCGACGCGCAGCCGGAUCGAGCAGAGGUGUCGGAACGGUGCGCCGUUCAUCUGGAGACGCGCGCUUUGGCCGUCUUGGACCACGCGGCCCAAUUCGAGACCGUCAUGGCCAAGCGCGGCAACACGGCGUCGCUGGCCGAGGACUCGCGGAAGAUCGCGGCGCAAUUGCAGCUAGAUGUGCGGGCGUUCUGUGGUUUGGUCGGCGUGGACUACGCGUCGAUGGACCGCGUGUCGGGCGCAAUCGAAGCGGUGCUUUCGGCACAAGAUGGGUAA